UACAUCACAUUUACUCAUCAAAUGUUCAGAUUGUUCUGAAAGUAAAUGCCCAGCUUUGCCAUCAUACCUUACCCUAGUUCGUUGGUGAGCGACUCGAUUACAGGUGUGAAUAUGUAUGGAGCUCCAGUGGAUUUAUCUUUUAAACACAUCAGCAGUCUGUCAGACACAUGGGCAGAGGAACCAAGCAGCUCUCUGCGGCCUUUAAAAAGAAAUUCGCAGAUGAAGUACCUAAGCUGCUCCCUUCGUCUCAACAACAACAACAUCACUGACAUUCAUGACCUCCAGAGGACUGUUAACCACUUCCUGGCUGAGCCGUCACAGCUCGCCUGGCUGGACCUUUCCUUCAACAAAAUCUCGCACAUAGAUCAAGUUUUGUGCGAGCUGCGUGAACUGCGUGUGUUAUAUCUACACGGCAACAGCAUUUUUAUUCUGUCAGAGGUGGACAAGCUGGGCAUGCUACCACAUCUCCACACCAUCACUCUACACGGCAAUGUCAUAGAAACCAACAAGGCUUACAGGAAUCGUGUGAUUUCUGCUCUGCCUCGAUUAAAGACGAUGGACUUCAGUGCCGUGACCAACCAGGAGCGAGUCAUGGCGAAGAUUUGGCAUCACAGCAACAACCGCAGCAGAAGCGGCAAGGAGACUCUUCAGUGACAACUCGCAGGUCUUCAUCACGAUGUUGAAAUGAUAGUUUCACCAAAUAUCCUGUG